AACAAAAUUCUCUGAAAAAAAAACCCGAUUUACCCUCAAUCUGCCCUCUGAUACCCGUGACACAGUCAGCAGACAGACAGCUUGUUGAGUUUGAUGCCCUCCAGCUUCAUGUACUGUAGAUGCACUGAGGCCCACAUAGCCAGCUCGUAGAGCCUGAACAAUAAAUGUCAACGCUGAAGAGUAUCACUGUCAUGAGCUGGCUGUUCAGAGAAAAGGGGGCUGGAGAACUACAGUAUACUGUAUAUUCUCUGUUUUACAAAAUGUAGGUAAAACGGCAUGGUAAAACACAAAAACAUAGCUGCACAAUCACAGCCUUGUAGCUUUUCUGGAGUUAUCACAGCACUCGCGCAUUAUUGCACUAAAUCGGAUGACUACUUUGAAGCAGACGAUUGCAUUUUCCUGACACUGCUGGACUAAAUUUUUCUUUUACUUGGCUUUAAACCUGGAUGAAGAAUGAGGAUUCUUCAUGUUGUGGUGUUUUGCUGCUUCUCAGUUGUCUGUGCGGAGGUGUCAGCAGUGCUGGAGGUAAGCGGCCAUGUUGGAGGAGAGGUCUCCAUCCACUGUCCUGCCAGCUGGACCACAAACAACAGCUCUGGACACUACCACAUGUACUUCUGCAAAGGAGUCUGCUCCAGAGAAACCAUUCUCAUUCAAACUGAGAGGAAUAGGUUGGCUGGCGUGCGGCGAGGGAGAUACAGCAUGGAGGUCAACAGAGGAGAUGGAGCCUUCAACGUGACCAUAAAGAGGCUGAAGAGGGUGGAUGCAGGGACAUAUUGCUGUGGAGUGGAGAAAACUUUUAAUGUGUUGCACCAGGAGGUCAAUCUCAUAGUCGUAGAUGCUUCCACUGUUCCUCACCAAUCUCCUCCCUCAACCACCGCCCUGCAGACCGAAGCAGAAACUCUGCCCCGAGGCAGCUUUGCAUCCAGCACUAAACCGUCACCAGCAGCAUCAACCCUGCCCGCUACAGAGCCCAAGACUAAUCAGCCAGCAGCAACCCACCUCAAAGACACCACCGUGGUCAUCAUUGUUUCGGUGAGCCUGGCUCUUCUGGUUUGUGCCAUUAUACCCGUUAUAUUCUACGGACAUUGCCGGAGUAAUGCGGAAGGUCAGAACAUGGGUGAGUCUGACUACUGUGAGGAACAUACAGAUGUUGCUUCUACUCCGGCUGCAGUGAGGCUGCGGUCUUUAGAACCAGGUGCUGAUCCAGAGUCCAGUAUUCAAGAUGCCUCACAGUUUGCUGCCGUCUACCAGGCACUGGAUCCCAAAUCUUUGGACUAAGCAGGGUUUAUUCUGUGUCUGAGCUGACAGCUAAUCUCACACUCUUCUCUGUGUUUUGAAUGAAAUAAAGGACAAAUGUUUGAAUA